GGUUCCACACUGAGGACAGACUACGCAUGUGUUUUUCUCAAGAUGCACAUCUCAGUGCUUCUCAGGGUGUUACUGUUGUUAGCAUUGUGUGUACUGUUGCUCGGAGCUGAUAAUUCUCCUGCAGGACGCAGAGGAAAGAAGGAACGGAAAAGAAGUCCAGCUAAAAAGAGCUCUCAAAGAAAAGCCAUAAAACUCUGGCUGGGUGUUGAUCCUGCAGUAGAAAAGCAACCAGAUACCUACCAAGUAUCUCCAAGUCAGUCAACAUCACCAUGGACAUAUGAGGUCUCUUACGAUGAAUCCCGCAUUCCAAGCCACAUGUUCGAGGCAAAGUGUGAGAGGAUGGGCUGCUUGAACAAAGAUGGAAUUGAAGACCUUGGUCUGGAAUCGAAACCCAUCUUCUAUCAAAUCCUGGUGCUCAGAAGAGUGAAGGGUAAAAAGAAAGACUAUUCCUUUCGACUGGAGAGACAUACCACCAGCGUGGGCUGCACAUGCGUUUUACCUAAUGUUAUCUCCCACGUGUAGCGCCGCAGUGCUAUAGUUGAUGUGCAUACGGCUUCACACAUUCUUUGUAACACAGGAAAUGAUAAAACAUAAAGGGUUUGAC